AUGGCAUCAACGCCGAAACCCGAAACAAUCGCACAAGAGCAACGCGUGCCAGAAAAGAAAAGACCAGGUCUACGACAAAGAGUAAAACAUUUCACAUUCGCUUGGUUCCUAUGUACAAUGAGCACGGGGGGUCUCGCAGUCGCUAUUGGAGAAGCACCGCAUCAAUUUAAAGGCCAAUACCACAUUUCCCUAACCCUCUACCUCCUCACCCUCACCCUCUUCCUCCUCUUCACCCUCCUCUCCCUUUCCCGCUACACCCUCCACCCCCCGCACUUCCUCUCCGCCUUCUCCCUCGCCCCAGAAUCCCUCUUCGCCCCCGCCUUCACCCUAUCCAUCUGCGUCUUAAUCGGCGGCGUGCAAACCCUCGCCAUAACCCACGGCCCAGCCACCCCAUCCCUCGUUUCUCUCGUCCACAUCCUCUACUGGAUCUACGCCGCCAUCUCCCUCCUAGCCGCAACACUACAGUACUACCUCGUCCUCCGCCAAAACCGCACAAUACCCUUCUCCCCCGCCAUCUUCCUCGCAGGCUACUCUUGCAUGCUAACCGGCACCCUGGGCUCCUUGAUCGUCGCCACGCAACCCGCACAGCGCCACACGGCCAUUGUCGUAGCGGGCGUCGCACACCAGGGCUUCGGAUGGUGCAUCAGCCUCGUCGCUAUCGUCUUGUACGUCUCUUCGCUCCUCGAACGCGGCAUCCCCCCGCCGCGAGCUAGACCCGCAAUGUUCAUCCCCGUGGGAAGUUGCGCGUAUACGGUUGUCGCGUUGGUCGGUAUGGCCAGGGGAAUCGCACAGCAGCAGCAACACGUGUAUACCGAGGGUUACUUUGCGAGACACGCUUUAGCACCAGAAGUACUCCGUAUCCUGGCGUUUUUCUCAUCCGUCUUCGUGUACGUGUUUGGUGUGUGGCUGUUUGGUCUUGCGCUCGUGGCCAAUCUGAGUGCUGUGGGGGAAAUGCCGUUUAGUCUGGCGUGGUGGGCGUUUAUCUUUCCGAAUGUCGGGUUUACGCUUGCGACGAGUGCGUUGGGGAGGGAGCUGGAGAGUGAAGCGGUGCUUUGGGUGGGGAGUGGGAUGACGGCGGUGUUGGUGGUGGUUUGGAUUGUGGCGGCGACGGCGUGUGUGAGGGCGGUGUGGAGGGGGGAUAUUGUGUGGCCUGGGAGGGAUGAGGAUAAGGAUCGGUGA